AAGAUGGGCGAGGAUGCUCACCUAGAGGAAGCUGAUGAGGGCUAUGGACUUUCACCGGUACACGAUGAAUCGCUAAAAUUUGACGAUGAUGGAGAACGGUGGAUUUGUUCUAUAGAUGGGUCCUGUGUAACAAAGAAAGGACGCCCCAGCGAUGAAUGUGAACUUCAACCGUGUUCUGUGAUCAGUUCGGAGCGAUCGGUUGCUCCCAUAGAGUCAGCAACCGCAUUUCCCACAGUGGUCCUUGACGACAGCGAGCCGUUGUUCAAAAAUUUGUCAAGGAGGCAGCAACCGAUUGUUCGCAGUAUUCGAACGCCUAUCGCUUUGCCACAACCUCAGGAUGGAACGAUGGUGAAGAGGCGAUUGACUCGUAACAAAUCUUCAUCGAGAGUAUGUCGUGAAAUAAGCCCGAUUGCUCGUGUACCCAGCUUCGACUCUCUGCAGAAGUCCGCUGGAAAUACAAGCCAGAUAUACGAUCCUCUACGGCGGGCCACAAGCCAAAUAUCGUUAGCUUUCGACAACGGUUUUAGUGCUGAAUUGAAAAGUCAAGGUGACAAGUUGAUGAAUGGUCUCAAAGCGAUAUUAAAGGAAAGACUCGCCCGAGAAGUGCAACCCAGACCGCCGUCAAACCCUUCGACCCAACCUACACUAGUUACGGUGAGUAUGAGCGAGAUAAGGAAUUUUACCAACUAA